CCAGCCUGGGCCAAUCCUGUAGGGCCAGUCACGCCCUGGUCUUCGCCGUCGCCGUCGCUCGCUCCUUUGCCAUCUCUGCUGGCUCCGCCCGCUCUCCAUGCCUCCCACUCUCCCGACACAUACCAAAACACCUCGUUCCUUGAACUGCCUCAUUAAUCCACUGCCUCAACCUAGUCCACCCGACUUUGGCGCUUUGACAAGAGUACGUUGCUUGACGAAGGACCAUGUCAUCCUUCUUUUGCUCCAAUUUCGAACAAUAGCAGACCUUGAUCGAACCUUCGCUAUGUUUCAGGCCUAACCCGACCUUCACACAAGACGAACCGGCUCUUCCAGUUUCAACGCAAAUAUCUCUUUCUGCCGCCGACUCUUUCGCUUUUCCAAGCCCUCAGGCUGGCUGUUAAUCCAACGGACCGGUAUUUCACGUAUUGACUGCAUGGUGCUCUCCCGAACCCUCACGAAUUACCACGACGCGACCCUUAUCUGCUCUCCUCUGGCAGAUGCUUUUUGUCCACAGACUUGACAGAUUCGAACGGUGAAGAACAAGAAUACAAUGGAUGAGGAUAUGGUGGAUACCGGUCUUCGUGGCAGGCACCGGUCUGUCCGGCGGAGGACUGAACUUGGACAACGCCAACGAAGUAAAGACAACUCAGGCCAUGCCAGAACCAUGGACUCGGACAGCUUGCUUGGCCAAUUCUCAUUUGCACCAGCUACACAAACCACUGUUGUCACUACAACCACUACUACCACCACCAAUUUCCCUCCUUUCAUCAUACGUCCCGUGCGGCGGACAAAAGACCUGGAUCUCAAGCAGUAUCCUUUGGCAGCUAGCCCUACCCCGGCCGGCCUGAAGAAGAUACACUUUGAAAUCGGUGGAAAGCACACAAUUUUUCGCGAGGCAGAAGAUACGACGCUGGCACUGGAGCAGUUCCAAGAGGAACAACGGACUCUUCGAAAUGGCAAUGGGGCAGUCCAAACCGUAGAGAAAUUCCCAUCCAACACUGGUUCUACAACAGGCUCAAAGUCGACCUCCCUUCGACGAAGAGUGCAGAGGAGACCGGCCUCUCCAGAGUCUAUCACUGACAGCGAAGAUCAAGGGCAAUCGCGAGAACCUUCCUUUACGUCAGGUGGAGCUGGUCCAUCCACGAGAUAUCGCCCCGAACCUGUUGCAUCAAAUUCCUAUUACCAAACCUCAAACCCAAUCACGCCAGAUAGUAUCCCGAAAUCCAGCAACGGAUCCCGCAUGCUCAAUAUGCGAGACAUGCGAGAGCCACGGGAGCAGGCUAGUUCAUCCAGAAGCAUGAGCACACUUCUGCCCUCGCCAAACAUGGGCCAGCUGCCGCCAUUUUCAAACAUACAGCCCUCAUCACCAAGACCUAGGCAAUGUCAUUCCCUAGAAUCAGAAGAUGGGACGGCCGCUUCAUCUGAUCGCUCUCAUCUCGAACGGAGGACUCAUAGAGAUAUUUCACAAGAAACAGCGGUGCCUACGCCACCUAUAAUCGAGGAUGCUGAGCAGUCUUCAACAAGGCCUCAAAGUCGGCGUGCUCUAUCAUCCGUACCAGCUCGGUUACAUGUCGCCGAAAGCCCAUCUGUACAGGACGGAAGUCUUCCUAGUCCGAGCCUUUCUCCUGUCACUGCUGCUGCAACACUACAGAGUGCUGGGUACUUUGCUGAUGUCGACUCAAGCUCGGAGAUUGCCUCGCAGCAUGAUGGGAUAUCAAGAGCUCUUGUUCCAGACAGACAGUCGCCCAACUCCCUGCCCCCCCGACUCGAUUCUCACCAGCUCUCUCGGUUUGCCAAUGGCUCAGUCACCGAAAUCCCGGCAAUGCUUGACUAUUUCGAAGCGAUCCCGGAUGAACUUAAGAGUUACGUUAUGCACCAACUGCUUCGCCGAUGCCCCAAGUCCACACUUCAAGUCGUUGCGGACGCCGUCAACCCUGCAUUGAAGUGCGACUUCCUUUCCCUGCUUCCACCAGAGCUGUCACUUAAUAUCCUCAAAUACCUUGAUGUCAAGAGUCUUUGCAGGGCAGCACAGGUGUCGAGAAAAUGGCGCCAGAUGGUCAAUAGUGAUGAAAGAGCCUGGAAAGAACUAUUUGAUGCAGACGGAUUUACAUUGCCGGAAGGAGAGUUGCAGCAGGCCAUCGCUGAAGGUUGGGGCUGGCAAGAUCCAUCCGGUCCCUAUGGAUACGAAGAGAACCUCGCCGGCUCGGCUUCUACCAAGUACGACACAACCGCAGAGGCCUAUUCGCUCGCAGAAGAGUCCCACAAUAGGUUUAGUGGAAUCCUUCGAUCGAAACGCAAGGCCUCCACGAUGCUGUCCAAUCGAAACAAACAGGUCAAACGUGUCAAAUCCGAAUCCCGAGAAGCCUCGGUUGACGUCACUUCUUUGGAAUUGUGGAACGACAUGUCCUCUGCAGACGGCCCAUAUAAUGCGGCACACUCGGCGAUGAUGGCAGUUCCCCAACCGGAUAUUGGUCUGUCAAGUCUUACCGGCCUACAUCUCUAUAAAUCCCUCUAUCGGAGACACCACCUUAUCCGAAGAAACUGGAUGUUUGAAGAUGCGAAACCUCAACAUAUCGCGUUUCGCGCGCACGACUCCCACGUUGUCACUUGUCUCCAGUUUGAUACCGACAAGAUCGUGACGGGGAGUGAUGAUAACAACAUCAAUGUUUACGAGACCAAGACCGGGAUCUUGAGGGCGAUCCUGUCGGGACACGAAGGCGGGGUCUGGGCUUUGCAAUAUGAGGGAAACACCCUGGUUUCAGGGUCGACAGAUCGGUCCGUACGAGUCUGGAAUAUUGAAGAAGCACGGGAAACCCAGGUCUUCCGCGGACACACGUCAACUGUACGAUGCCUCCAAAUCGUGUCCCCCGUCCAAGUUGGAGAAACUGCAGAAGGAAGGCCUAUCAUGAUGCCAAAGCAGCCUCUUAUCAUCACAGGAUCCCGUGACUCUACUUUGCGAGUGUGGAAGCUUCCUCGGCCAGAAGACCCAAUUUUCAUCCAAGCUGAGAAUGAGGUUGAUGCGGACGAUUGCCCCUACUUUCUACGGACCUUGUCCGGUCACCAGCAUUCUGUCCGUGCAAUCGCAGCUCACGCAGAUACCCUUGUAAGCGGAAGCUAUGAUUGCACGGUUCGUGUCUGGAAGAUAUCCACCGGCGAGACUAUCCAUCGCCUUCAAGGCCACACCCAGAAGGUUUACAGUGUUGUCCUCGACCAUGAACGCAACCGCUGCAUAAGUGGCUCCAUGGACAACAUGGUGCGAAUUUGGGACCUGAACACCGGCUCCCUCAAAUAUUGUCUGGAAGGACAUACAUCCCUUGUCGGUCUACUGGACUUAAACUGCGACAAACUCGUCUCUGCAGCAGCCGACUCGACACUCCGCAUAUGGGACCCAGAGACUGGACAAUGCAAAGCCACUCUGAGCGCACAUACAGGUGCUAUCACAUGCUUCAAGCAUGACGGUCAGAAAGUCAUCUCCGGCUCUGACAGGACUUUGAAACUGUGGAACAUCAAAACCGGCGAAUGCGUCAAAGACCUGCUCUCCGAUCUCAGCGGAGUUUGGCAGGUGAAAUUCAACGAAAGGCGCUGCGUUGCGGCAGUGCAGCGCGAUGGAUUGACAUUCAUAGAGGUUCUAGACUAUGGCGCCGCCCGUGACGGCAUUCCUGAUUACAAUCUCGGGCGAAGAAUCGUGGUCGACGCCGAUGGGAUGGAGGCGAAUCACGACGACAACGCCUAUUUGGAUCUGGACGGCACCGUUGAUGCAUGAUGUCUUUCCCAAGCAAUAAACCAGACCUGAAGUUGAUAUACUUCGGUUUUCGAAACGACGCCAAGAGGCAAGAAAGAUACACCCUGUGAUGAAUCAUGACUCGGCCACUCUUCUCAGCGUCUGCGUAAUUUCGAAUAACACGACAAUCACUGUUUAAUGAUUUUGCUUUAUGAUGAUACCUUUGACACCCAAAUGAAGGCUUAGAUGACGACUUAUCAACUUUGCCAAUAUGAUUACGGCAUGCCAACGAUUGAGUCUUGUUUACGAGCUGCUUUGUCUAUCCAUAUUGGCCGGAUGAUCUACCUCGAACUGGCAUGGGAGUGAGGCGUUUCCACAUGGAUGGAAGCCGGUCUUGAACUAGGACAGUACUUUGCUUGCUCAUGGAUAUUUUCCUGAAAAAGAAACUCAAAAAUGGAUGUUCGAAUUGUUGAUCGCGCUGCUUGGAGAGCGCGCCCAGGAUUUCUCGACCUCCCAGCUUUGAGGGCAUUGUUCUUAAUUCGCUAAACAUAGCCAUCCAUACCAUACGGACACAUACGCAAUGAACAUGUUUACGGUCUUUCCAACCUCAAGCGCUAUGUACCCUUCGAUCCAAGACUGCAGGGCUGUCAGUGAUGAGAAUAGCGUGGAGAGGGCUGUCCAUUGUUCGGAUCAUUAGGUCUACAACAGCAGCAUUGGGCUGUAUGACAAAGGUGUUCACGACACCGCGGGCCCAAGGUCCGUGAGAAGCCUUCUACUCUUGAUCCGCACCAGGUCUGCUUCACAUAUAGUACAUGCAUUCAUCCCCUGCAACGCUCUACCGUCUCC